AUGAAAUCGUCAGUAAAAGGCCUGCGAGCUAACAAAAUCCUCCAGAAGGCACAGAGUCAGCUGCUAAAUGAACGGGUGAGACAAACUAACUUCACUAUUGAUGUUUUAAAAUCCAAAGAGGAGCAGAUCCACCAAAGACUUUCUUCACUUCUAGAUGAGAAAACACUUCAGCAGGUGCUUGAGUUCACCGAGAAGGCUCGUCUAGCACAGCAUGAAAAGUCUAAAACCAGGCAAAAGAGGAAGUUUGAUCUACUUGCUGUGCUCCACAAACACCAGCACACUAUGGGGAGUGUCCUCCACAACCAGCAGAGAGAAGGAUGCCAGACAGAAACUAAAGAUGUGGACAAAUGGGUUGUGGCAGGUGGCCGGGGGCAGCUUGGGAGCGCGGUGGCAGCUAGGAGAGCUGCCUGGAAGGAGAUGCUGCAGCCGCAGCAGCUGCGGAGCUGCCCAGAACCUCGCCCUCGAGUGUGGAAUGAGGGUGAGGAGGCCGCAGACCGAAGGGUGAAGAACUUGUCUGACAAACAACUCACCCAAGCAGAGAAAAACGUCCUUUCUAAAGGGUUACAUUUUGCGGUCACACCGAAACAAAUCCCGCUAGUGGAACUGAUUACAGCCACAGAAUCUGCUAUCAGAAACAACAACAUUGCUGAUUUGGAAGCAGAACAACUGAGGAUAAAAGUUUCGGCAUGUCUCAGCAAUGCAAAACCCCCUGCAUCCAAUAUCAGCAUUGAAGAGAGGAAGGCCCUCACGGCACUCAGCAAGGACAACAACAUCAUCAUCCUUCCAGCGGACAAGGGGAGAUGCACAGUUGUGCUUAACCAGACAGACUACCAUGAGAAAAUUUUAUCUCUGCUCAGUGACAAAAAUACUUAUGAGCCCUAUAAGCGAGAUCCAGGUAGUGGUUACAAGAAAAAGGUGAUAGAUUGUCUUAAGCAGUUAGUUCAGGACAAUGCUAUUGACCGGACCACAUACCACAGAUUAUACCCAGGGGAAUCUACACCAAGUCUGUAUGGUCUACCAAAAAUACACAAACAGGGUGCUCCUUUAAGACCCAUUGUCUGCAUGAUCAAUUCUGUCACGUAUAACAUCUCAAAGUUCCUGGCCGCUGUUCUUAACCCGGUGGUAGGCAGCUCAAAACACCACAUUCAGAACACUUUGGAUUUCAUGGAGAAAGUGAGAGAGGUCAUUAUGGAGGCAGAAGAAACCUCAUUUGAUGUUACAUCUCUAUUCACUUGUGUCCCAGUGACUGAAGCAGUGGAGGUAGUACGUAAGAGAUUACAGAAUGACCCCACUCUCAGUAAAAGAACCUCUCUCAACGCAGACCAAGUGUGCCUGCUUUUGGAACUGUGUCUUCAAUCAACAUAUUUCAUAUACAAAAGCAGAUACUACAGGCAGAAGCACGGGUGUGCCAUGGGUUCCCCUGUUUCACCUAUAGUAGCCAAUCUAUAUAUGGAAGAAGUGGAAAAGAGGGCUCUAUCAUCCUAUCCUGGAACAUCACCGAGCCAUUGGUUCAGAUAUGUGGAUGACACCUGGGUGAAAAUCAGAUCUCAGGAGGUACCACAGUUCACAGACCACAUCAACGGGGUGGACAAACACAUCAAGUUCACCAGAGAGGAUAUGAAAAAUAACAAGCUAGCCUUCUUAGACUGUGAAAUUUCCAUCGUCAACGGGGGACAUUUGAAAGUGGAUGUGUACCGUAAACCCACACAUACGGACCAGUAUCUAAGGUUUGACUCUCACCAUCCACUAGAGCACAAACUAGGUGUCAUUAGGACUCUACAACACAGAGCUAACACCAUUCCCACAGACUCAGAGGCCAGGGAAGCAGAAGAACACCACGUCAAAAAGGCCCUGAGUAAAUGUGGAUAUCCCAGCUGGUCCUUUGUCAAAGCAGGGAGGACACCUAAAGAACACUCCAAGCGAUUCAUGAGAGAGGAAGGACAUCCACUGCCUAAGCGAAAACCCUUAGUGAUCCCGUAUGUGUCAAGAGUAUCGGAACAGCUGAGGCGCAUAUUCUCGAAACACCAGGUCUCAGUGGCUUUCAAACCCCAAAACACGCUACGCCAAAGAUUGGUCCAUCCCAAGGAUCGGGUCCCACAGCACAAACAGAGUAACAUAGUUUACGCAGUUAAGUGCCAGGAGGAGUGCCGUGAAUUGUACAUCGGGGAAACCAAGCAGCCACUGGCUAAGCGCAUGUCACAACACAGAAGAGCUUCCUCGUCAGGCCAGGACUCCGCAGUCUAUUUACAUCUACAGGAUAGUGGUCACUCCUUUAAAGAUGAAGAGGUGCACAUCCUGGACAGGGAGGAGCGCUGGUUUGAGAGAGGAAUCAAGGAGGCCAUUUACGUGAAAAAGGAACGACCAUCUCUGAACAGAGGAGGGGGCCUAAGGGUACAUCUGUCGCCAUCUUACAAUGCUGUUUGA